AUGAAACCACAAAACACUGUGUUUUGGGUGCGCGCAAGGGAUAUGGGUCAGAUCAGACUUGAUCUGUCGACUGCUGGGUACCUUGAAGAACUCCAGGGUAUUUUCUGGAUCUUCAGGGUGUUCGCCAAGCUUCCAGAAGCAUUCGGUAUGGCGGAAGAGCCGGAAGGUUCAUGGUAUCGUGGUACAUAA